AUGUUUGUGCAGAUACACUGUGCUUAUGUUACUGUGAUUAUCACCAACAACAAGAGGAUCCCAAGGGUGAUUACCUGUAUUGGGAAGCAGCUGUGCUUGCACGACUGUGACCAAUACCUUGAUAUCAAGGCCAUGUGCCACAUCACAUUGCCAAUAGACUCCCUUGUUGAAAUUUGCGAUGUCAUUGUUCUCAACAACACCGACAUUCCAGCACUUCGAAAGAGGUUCCAUUUUGUAAAGGGUUUUCCUAUCGACAAGUUUUUCAACGCAAACCUUGAGAAGAUCAGGCAAUUGGCAUUGACCCUCACCUCCGAGCAGCAAAGCGAGAUCAAGCGUCUCCAGACCUCUCUUCGUGCCAAGAAGUGCAUCCUCUUUGAUCUCUGCAGAACGGCAGUCGUUCAGAUUGACGAACGCCUGAAUAUCGGUGACCUCGACCAGGAGAAACUAACUCGUAUCGUCGACCCGGUGAAGAGCGAGGUCAGCCUUUUCAAGGGAAUCUACGAGCAGCUUGCCUCGUACUGUGGCCUGGACUUCAGUGCUCUUGGUGAUUGGGAAGUUGUCAUCGAGGCCUAA